AUGAUACAAGGGAACGGUUUCUCAUUUGAAAUAUUGACUUCUUCAGGUAUUGUGGGAUCCUUCGUCGCCGUUAUUGCCCUUGCGGUGCUGUACGAAUGCCUUAAGGGGAUUCAUACCAUUCUUAAAGCUUAUCGAAAAAAAGAAGACCCGAGCAGAAUUCCUCAAUGGAACACUGAACACCGAGACGGUCUGAACAAAAGGCAAAAAGUCCUCACUGAAUUCUCAAACACUUGUUUGUAUGUGGUUCAGUUAUCAGUUGGCUACUUCCUAAUGUUGGUGACCUACACUUACAACACAUAUCUAUUUAUGGCUGUUGUAAUUGGUCAUGGCCUAGGCUACUAUCUGAUAUCACCUCUGGUUAUCGCCUAUUCAAAAAGAGAGGAGAUUGGUGACUACUAUCACAUUCGAAGGGAUUUACUUUUCGUGCGAAGAAAGCGACAACCUUUGAUAACAAAUACAGACAUAUAG